UUUUAAUUCCUUUGUCCUUUACCUUCGCUUUGAACCAAGUCGGCACUUAGAAAAAUUUUGCUUCAGUUUUCAAGAAUUAUGAACGGUGAAUCAAGCCUAUCUCUAAACGCCGAUGACGAGUUGAAGAGAAAAGCCGAGAAUGGAAGGCCUUCUCAUGGCGAAGUUAACCGGCUUAUGGGCGAGAGGCAAGUCACAUCACCAGGUCCUGAGAGAAAGAAGUUUAAAGUUGAUAAGAACAGUGUGAUCAAGAGUCCAGUAAGAAGUCCGUUAAAUAGCCCUAAGAUGGCAUCCAAAGAUGGAUCUAGAGAAAAACCUCCGGUGAAGUUAGUUAUUAAAAAGGAAGCCUUGUCACCUACUAAGAACCAUUCCAAGAAAGUAUCUCCUCUUUCCCCUAGUAAGAAUGUAAGCAUCAAGCAAGAACUCAAAUCUCCUGAAAAGAUCAAACCUAAAUCUUCCCAAACAGAGAGUGAUGAUGAUGAUGAUAUUCCUUUGGCCAAGCGAUUCAAUCAAAAAUCUCCAAAAGCARUAAAAACKGAAGCAAAGGCACAAAAGAACACAAGUUCUGGUCAUAGUUCUUCUGUGAAAAAAGAAAAGAUAGAUAAAAAGUCUCCAGUAAAGAAACCUGGUGUUUGUAGUGAUGACAGUGAUGAUGAACCACUGUCUAACAGAAUUGCAAAAGCCAAGAGGACGACACCAGACAACAAAACACCAUCGUCCUUAAAGAAAAUGAAAACAAAAGAAGAAAGAAAAAGGAAAAAGAGUACAAGUAGAGAUAGCGACAGUGAAGAUGACUACAAGCCACUGUCUAAGUUACCCAAAAAGAGUGCUGACAAAGCAGCAAAGAAGGGAGAAAAAGACAACAAAGUGAAAAAGAAAGUAAAAAAAGAAGAGGCAGUAGACAAGAAGUCCAAAACUGUCAAGAAGGAGAAUGAUAUAAAAACAGGAAAAAUGUCAAAGAAGAAGCAGAAAGAGGAGGAAGACAAGAAGGAUGUAUGGAAAUGGUGGGAAGAGGAGGAACACAAAGAUGGGAGAAAGUGGACUACUCUAGAGCACAAGGGYCCAUUUUUUCCGCCUGAAUAUGAACCACUGCCAAGUACUGUCAAGUUUUAUUAUGAUGGUAAACCAUUUAAACUUAGCCKUCAGUCCGAAGAGAUUGCUGGAUUUUAUGCCAAGAUGUUAGAGCAUGACUACACAUCAAAGGDUAUCUUCAAUAAGAAUUUCUUCCACGAUUGGAGARAAGAGAUGACUGACGAKGAGCGGCAAACUAUCAAAGAUCUUAAAAAGUGUGACUUUAAAGARAUGCAUAAGUAUUUUGAUGAGAAAAAUGAAGAACGCAAGAACAUGAGUAAAGAGCAGAAACAAGAAAUCAAAGAGAAAAAUGAAGAARUWUUAAAAGAAUAUGGCUUCUGCAUGAUGGAUUGUCAUAARCAAAGAGUAGGAAACUUUAAAAUUGAGCCUCCAGGCCUUUUCCGUGGACGUGGUGAUCACCCUAAGCAGGGAAAACUCAAGAAGAGGGUCAUGCCUGAAGAUGUUACUAUUAACAUUGGAAAGGAUACAGCUAUACCAAAAGCACCUGAAGGCCACAAGUGGAAAAAAGUUAUACAUGAUGAUAAGGUGACGUGGUUGGCAUGCUGGAUAGAGAAUAUCCAAGGAAGUUAUAAAUAUGUUAUGUUGAAUCCAACAUCUCGAUUAAAGGGUGAGAAAGACUGGAAGAAAUACGAGACAGCACGAAAGCUGAAGUCCUGUGUAGAAAGAAUUAGAGAAAAUUACAGAAAAGAUUGGAAAUCCAAAGAAAUGAGAAUACGACAAAGAGGUGUAGCUCUUUAUUUCAUUGAUAAGCUUGCUCUCAGAGCAGGUCACGAGAAGGAUGAUGACACUGCUGAUACUGUUGGCUGYUGCUCAUUACGAGUGGAACAUAUCAAACUACAUGACGAGUGGGAGGACAAGGAAUGUGUUGUUGAGUUUGACUUUCUGGGUAAAGAUUCUGUGCGUUACUGGAACUUUGUGCCGAUUGAAAAAAGGGCGUUUAAGAACCUCAAGCACUUCAUGAAAAGAAAGCAAGAGGGUGAUGAAUUGUUUGAUAGAUUAACUACAACCUCUUUAAAUAAGUAUCUAUCAGAAUUGAUGGAAGGAUUGUCUGCCAAAGUGUUCCGUACAUUCAACGCUUCAUUGACGCUACAAGAUCAGCUUCAAAAACUCACUGAACCCAACGAUAACGUUAACUCCAAAGUACUGUCAUAUAACCGUGCUAAUAGAGCAGUAGCUAUCCUAUGUAACCAYCAGAGAACCGUACCGAAGACAUUUGAGAAAUCGAUGAGAAAUCUUCAAGAGAAGAUCUCUGAUAAAAAGAAGACUAUCAAGGAGGCGAAAAAGGACUUGAAGGACCUGAAAGCCACAGCUAAAGAGAAGAAGGCGGAAUCGGCUGUAAAGUGAGUGUCUCCACGAUACAAUCCACAUCUCAUAUCGAGAGAGUUAUUAUCAAUUUUG